AUGCCCCCCGGCAUCCUCUGGGUCGCCUCGCGCAUCAAAACCCCCACUCUAACCCCCGAAACCUUCUGCGCCUGGUACGAGAACGUGCACAUCCACGAAAUGACCGCGCUCUCGGGCGUGCCGCGCGCCGCCCGCUACGAAGCCAUCCAGCCCGAGCCCUACCCCAACGCACUCUCUUCCGACGCGCCCUGGCUCACCGUCUACGAGAUGCCGGACAUCGAUUUUCGAACGACCAAAGAGUUCCGCGGGCUGGACGGCCAGAGCGAGCCGGCGGCGGAGCUGCUGGAGGGCGUGUUCAAGAAGGCGCGGUUUGACACGCGGUUUUACGAGUGUGUGCAGGUACAUGAGAAGGAAGGGGGCGCGAAGAAAGUGGCUGACGGAUGUGUAGGGCCGGCGUCUCUGAUUAUCUCUGCUGCGUUGACUCCGGCGCCUGGGAAGGAGGAUGAUUUCGAUGCGUGGUAUAGGCAGGAGCAUCUCCCGCUUAUUGGAGAGGGUGCUGGGUAUCGGCGUUCGCGA